CUGCAAUCCGGCAGAGACGCUGUUUACUUCCGUCAAUAAUUGUAGCGAAACGACGCGCAACAAAGGAGAGAUUUUGGCGAAGGGACUGUCAGCGCGCCGACGGGGCGUAAGAGCAGCCAAAGGCCGCUGCCCGCACGACGUGCCGCGUCUGUUGUGCUUUUUCAGUUGUGUUUGGUGCUUUUGGAGCUGCUUUUGCAUUUUUAUCCAGCCGACGUCGCUUAGCUAGCAGCGAGACGAUGCCUUUCUUGGGCCAGGACUGGAGGUCUCCAGGAUGGAGCUGGAUAAAGACCGAAGAUGGAUGGAAACGUUUCGAAUUCUUUGAUCCCGACAUGGGCGAAAACAACGAACUUGACUUGGAAGACAGGCUGCAUGAUGAAAACAAAGAGAACCUCUUCGUAGAAGAUGUCUGCGAAGUGGCAGCUAAAAAGAGGAAGAAGGAUUUCUUCAACAACAGCACGAAAUCUCAGUUUUUCUUUCAAGAGAAGUGGAUUUAUGUUCAGAAGGAGAGCACAAGAGAAAGACAUGGUUACUGUACCUUAGGAGAGGCUUUUAACCGCUUAGACUUCUCCAGUGCGAUUCAGGACAUCCGGAGGUUCAACUACGUGGUCAAGUUGCUGCAGCUGAUUGCGAAGUCACAGCUGACGUCCUUGAGCGGCGCCGCCCAGAAAAACUACUUCAAUGUCCUGGAAAAGAUCGUAAGGAAGGUUCUGGAAGACCAGCAGAACCCGCGGCUCAUCAAAGACCUGCUCCGGGACCUGAGCUCCACCCUCUGCAUCCUCAUCCGGGAGGUGGGGAAGUGCGUGCUGGUGGGCAACAUCAACAUCUGGAUCUCCAGGCUGGAGACCAUCCUGAGCUGGCAACAGCAGCUCGACAACCUUCAGAUUACCAAGCAAAUAACAGGUGAUGUGACCCUCAGCGACCUCCCACUGCACAUGCAAAACAGGAUCCUGUACAAGUUCUCCGACGCCUGGGACAUCAUCAACUUGGGCCAGGCCACGCCCACGCUGCACAUGCUCAGUGAGGACCGUCAGCUCUGGAAGAAGCUGUGCCAGUUCCACUUCGCGGAGAAGCAGUUCUGCAGACAUUUAAUUGUGUCGGAAAAGGGGCAUGUGGACUGGAAGCUGAUGUAUUUCACCCUGCAGAAGUACUACCCCAAAAAGGAGGUCUACGGAGACACCCUGCAUUUCUGUAAACAUUGCGGCAUUUUGUUUUGGAAGGACUACCGCUUGGCUUUAGUCUUCAAGGACUCCGGACAUCCAUGCACAGCCAACGAUCCCGACAGCUGCUUCACGUCGGUGUCUCCACAGAACUUCAUUGACCUCUUCAGGUUCUAGCUCUCUGCCAGCAGCCCACGUCUUUCUCCGGAGGAUCGGAGACGUCAUCUUCACGCUGCUCCGUGUGCCGUUUCUGUUUAAGGGCUCCAUAAGAGUGUUUUCUUUUCACCGUUUUGCUUUUUUUUUUUUUUUUUUGUUCCUUUCCUCCCCCCCCCCCUCCCCCCCCCCGUAACCUAAUAAAUGAUCACAAAUGAAUUUCGCACAUGGCAGGGGCGUCAAGCAGGGUGGCAGGUGGCUGCCGUGGGACAUCGAAGACAGUUGGGCUGGUUUUGAAAUCUGUUGAUGUUUACAGAAAAUCGGCUGUUCUGCGCUUAAAAUGAUCUGUUGUUUUCCUGGGGUGGUCUGGUUUUGUGCGUGUUAGAUGGUUGGGUCUAUCGCCAUUUCCAUUGGAAUGCACUUUAUGUCCAGUAGGUCUAUUUUUCGUGUUUACCUGUGUUCCUUUUCUGUGCUGUGCAAUUACCUAAGGUAGCGACACAAAAAAUGUGCAUUUGUGUUUAACGUACAAUGAAUUUUUUUAUUAUUCCUUUUGUCACGCCUGUUAUGGAGAGGAAGGAGGAACAGCAUUAACGGCACUAUUUAUGAAAAUCGUCUUUUUGUAUUCUGAAUUUUUGUAAUAUUACCUUAUCAUUCCAGUAACUGAUACUUAACUGUAAGGAAGGACAACUAGCACGACUCUUUGCUAUGAACUUUCAUUAAACCUGAAAUGCA